UUCUUUUUACUCUUUUUAGUAUGACUCACCAGAAAUUUUAAAGUCGCAUACAUGGCUCGUAUUACGUACUGCUCUAAAACAUGUCUGCUUUCCUUCCACUGUCAUUCGUUCUACCUUCUGAAAACUAAAACCCUGACGCCCUUUAGACCACUUCCCUUUAAAACCAAGUAACAGUAUUUUCUUUAGUCUUUUUUUCUGUUUUGUCCGAAGGAAUACAGAUAACUAACCCCAAAAUAAGUGACGUAGGGUAGAAAACGAACGGACGCCCGAACAGGGACUUGAACCCUGGACCCUCAGAUUAAAAGUCUGAUGCUCUACCGACUGAGCUAUCCGGGCUCUUCUUGGGGUGCUCUUCUGCUGCUUAUAAGAGUUUUUCACUGACGAAAGACCAGGCUCGCAGAACUGACUGGGAAUUGUAUGCGUGGCGUAGAGGACUCCGGCAAAGAACAGGAGGAAGCCGGUGAAGGCCAGCAGCUGCUGAUUGUGCUUUCUCCUCUCUGUCGGGUAAGGCUGCCGUCCAUGUUCGGACGCUGGAGCUGGAGCGCCGCGAAGGCUGAGACCUUGCGGUGCCAGAACUGGCCGCGCGGGGCCGCUGCCAGCUGCGGGCUUUCCUCGUGGAGAGGUUUCUCCCCAGCCCUGAUGACCUGAAGCCCAUGCACCCCGGCCCCUCCAAUCCCGCCCACGGCCCCGAAGGCCGAGAGCGGGCCCGGAGCGGAAAGAAUGCCACGUGGGGCCUUCAGACAUUGUGCGCCCGGAGUCCACUUCGGUCCCCUGACUGGCCCUAUUCCAAGGGAGAGACUGAGAUCGGGCGUGCCGAAGAUCGAGGAUACAGAGGGCCGGCGUGGCGACGGUGGUACAGAGUGCGGGGGAAGAUAGGAGAGUUGUUUCUGACCCCUAUGCGGUGUGCAGGGAUGCGUGUGCGACUCACCUGCGUGUGGCUGUAGUCACGUGUGAUUUAUGGCCGAGUGUGGCUCACUUGAGUAUAGUGACUCACAUAGAUGAUUCACAAGUAAGAACGCGAGUGCCCUGUGCCCAGUUCUGGCUGAGAGAGAGGAAAAAGGGUCUUGGGGGAAGUUGGGGAGGGGGCAGACAAGGGCCCCAGGGCGUCAGUCAGCCCCUGACCAGGAGGAGGGCAGUGUCCCAAUCAUACAGACGUCAUAUACUCCUUGUCCCCACCUCAGCAUCUGGUCCCUCCCUUGCCAAUGGGAUUUGGGCUCCUGAUAUCCAUCUGGGUGAGCCCUGUCCUGUCAGCCAGAGGGACCGGCUGUGCCAGAGACAAGCAAACAACCAUUAGGGCGCAAGACUGUGGGCGGGGAGAGGAAGCCCAAAGUGAGCAAGGACACAGGCUGGAGCUCCCAGAGAGAAAGAGCCCAAGAGCAACCCAGAGAGAGCUGGGCUUUUCUCCAGAGGCAGACCCUGUCCCCCAGCCCUUCACUCAGCAGCCCAGCAGCCCAGCCCUGCCCGGCCUGCCACUUACCUCCUCCAGGCCAGCUGCUGCUGUAGCCAACGUUGCCGGGGCAUCUCUCCUUCCCUCCCAUCAUGGCCGUGUACCGCGUCUCUGUGACCACUGGUCCCUACCUGAUGGCCGGCACGCUGGACAACAUCUCCAUCACACUCGUGGGCACGUGUGGUGAGAGCCCCAAGCAGCUGCUGGAUCAUCUGGGCAGGGACUUCACCCGUGGAUCGGUGCAGAAGUACAAGGUGCGCUGCUCAGCGGAGUUGGGUGAGCUCUUGCUGUUGCGUCUACACAAAGAACGCUAUGCUUUCUUCCCCAAAGACUCCUGGUACUGCAGCUACAUCUGUGUCACUGCCCAUGAUGGUACCCUUUCUCACUUCCCCUGCUAUCAAUGGAUUGAGGGCUACUGCACCAUAGAGCUGCGACCAGGAACAGCAAGAACUGUUUGUCAGGACUCCCUUCCUCUCCUUCUGGAUCACAGGAAACGGGAAAUCCAGGCCCGACAGGAAUGCUACCGCUGGAAAGUCUAUGCUCCUGGCUUCCCUGGCAUUGUGGAUGUCCGCAGCUUUGAGGAGAUGGAGUCAAACAAGAAAUUUGCCUUGACCAAGACGGCACCUUGUGCAGACCAGGGUGACAGCAGUGGGAAUCGGUACCUGCCUGGCUUCCCUAUGAAAAUUGACAUCCCAUCCCUGCUGCACGUGGAGCCCAAUAUUCGCUACUCGGCCACCAAGACAACCUCGCUGCUCUUCAACGCCAUCCCUGCGUCCUUGGGCAUGAAGCUUCGAGGGCUGCUGGACCGCAAGGGCUCCUGGAAGAAGCUGGAUGACAUCCGGAAUAUCUUCUGGUGCCACAAGACCUUCACUUCGGAGUACGUCACAGAGCACUGGCAUGAAGACCACUUCUUUGGGUACCAGUACCUGAAUGGUGUCAAUCCUGUCAUGCUCCAUUGCCUCUCCAGCUUGCCCAGAAAGCUGCCUGUCACCAAUGACAUGGUGGCUCCCUUGCUGGGAUCAGCCACCUGCCUGCAGACAGAGCUAGAGAGGGGGAACAUCUUCCUAGCCGACUACUGGAUCCUAGCGGAGGUCCCCGUCCACUGCCUAAACGGCAGCCAGCAGUACGUGGCCGCCCCGCUCUGUCUGCUGUGGCUCAAUCCCCAGGGGGCGCUGGUACCCUUGGCCAUCCAGCUCAGCCAGACCCCCGGGCCCAACAGCCCCAUCUUUCUGCCCACUGACUCCGACUGGGACUGGAUGGUGGCCAAGACUUGGGUACGCAACUCUGAGUUCCUGGUGCACGAGAACAACACGCACUUUUUGUGCACGCAUUUGCUGUGCGAGGCCUUCGCCAUCGCCACGCUGCGUCAGCUGCCGCUCUGCCAUCCCAUCUACAAGCUCCUGCUUCCCCACACUCGCUACACGCUGCAAGUGAACAUCACCGCAAGGGCCGCGCUGCUCAACCCCGAGGGCUUUGCGGACCAGGUCACGUCCAUCGGGCGGCAAGGCCUCCUCUACCUCAUGAGCACCGGUCUGGCCCACUUCACCUACACCAAUUUCUGCCUUCCGGACAGCCUGCGGGCCCGUGGCGUCCUGGCCAUCCCCAACUACCAUUACCGAGACGACGGCCUAAAGAUCUGGGCCGCCAUCGAGAGCUUUGUCUCAGAAAUCGUGAGCUACUAUUAUCCCAGUGAUGCAUCUGUGCAGCAGGAUUCGGAGCUGCAGGCCUGGGUUGGCGAGAUUUUUGCUCAGGCAUUUCUGGGCCGAGAAAGCUCAGCUGCUUCCAGACUUGGAAAUCUCCCCAUUCUCUAUUCCCUGAAGGACUUUCGUUUUUGGCUGUCUCAUUGUCACCCUUGGGACCUGCACAUGAAAACUACAAGUCAUCACUAUAGAAUGACUUCUGGCCUCACUCGGGUUAUAUACCCUAUUGCUAUUCUUCAUGGCCUACUUCCCUGGUGCCACUGUAAUAUAUGGUGUAUACUCUGGGCACUGGACCAUGUAGCAGAGGCCUCUGUGUCUGGGUGUAGUGGAAGAAAAGGAAAAGCUCAAAGUGGCACAAAUGUCCAUCCUCUGGUUCCCCCAGCCCUGGCCCGAGGUGGAAGACUCUCACUGCCUGGGACAUCUCUCAGCAGGGAUGUGGGUUUCAGCUGACUCAGCGCUUCUGGUGGUCACCCAGAGGAGUUCCCGCCUGGGGAGACCCAGGGAGGAGGGGUGGUCUCAGGUCACCUGCAAAUAGAAUGGACAGCUUUGCAGCCCUACCUGUAGUGGACUCCGAGCCUGUUUUUUUUUAAACAUACAAGUAUAGAGAGUAUAAUGUAAUGAACACCUAUUUACCUAUCACCCAGAUUCAACAACUGUUAACAUCUUUGCCAUAUUUGAUUAAUCUGUUGCUUUUGUUUACUGUUGAAGUCUUUUAAAGCAAAUUAGAAUAUUUCAUAUUUCAGUCCUAAUCAAUAUGCAACUCAAAAAAAUGUUUUUCUACACAACCGCAUACUAUCAUCAUGCUUAACAAAAUUGACAAUAAUCUCCAAUAUCACCCUCUUAUCUAGUCCAUGUUCAAAUUUCCUCCCUUCUCCCAUUUUCCCUCGGUUGAUCCUGUUGAUUCCAGAGCCAAUCGAGGACCACAUGAUACAGUUUUUGUUUUGACUCUAAAGUCUCUUUUAAUUUGGGACAGCCCCCCCGCCCUUUAAAUCACAUGACAUCUGACAUGGACUUAUUGAAAAGCCAGGACUAGCAGAUGUGUAGAAUGUCUCACCUUCUGAAUUUAUCUAAUUGCUUGCUCAUGAUAUCAUUCAUCUUGUUCCUCCACACACUGUGUUUUUUGUCAACUGGAAGUAAUACCUAAAGGUUACGUGUUUUUGGCAAGAAUAUUUCUCAGGUGAUGCUGUGUUCUCCUCAUUGCAUCACAUGGGGAGACACAUAAUGUCAGGUUGUCUCACUGUUAAUGAUGCCAAGAGUAAUUUCUGGGUUAAGGUGGUGACAGCCAGAGGUCUUUUGGAUCUUUUAAAGGGUGACCCCUCCCCAUGCUUUGCAAGCCUACUGUCAAUCAUGGGCAGUCCUGAUCCUGAGCAGCUAUUUUCUAUUUGGGGUUAUCCAUUUCCUAUUUAAGACCCAGCAGGGGAUCUUGUUACUAUUGGCUCAACUCUAUCUUACUUUAUUAAACUUGUCUCUGAUUUAAUACAUCAGAAAUUCUUCAGAUUGACAAACAUCUCUUUGAACCAGUGCAAACUUAUUCUAGAGUCAUAUGUUUUAAGGCAAAAUGCACUCAUUAACUCAGUCACUAUGCUUUUUGCUUCCAUAUUUCAAGGGGAAAAAAUACAUAAUAUAAGCCACAGAAAAAUUCCCAUAGAUGGUCUGACUUCUUGGCUUUUUAAUUCUCAGCCCUCAAGGUUAGACUAUCAACCAUGAACAGAACAUUCAGAAAAUUCCCACACACUCUAGGCAGAUACCCGGUCCCUCCUCCAAACCUCUCUGUCUGUUCUGUUGCAUCAGCCUCUCUCCAGUCAUCCUGACUCCAAACCUUGGAGCCACCUUUGACUCAUGUUCUCUCCUGUCUUUCUCUCUCCCUAAAUCCAGUCUGGUGGCUAACCCCAUCAUUUCCCACUGUCACCACCCACACUCUACUAGUCCCAGUCCUCACACGACUCCUGCAUCGUGGUAGCUGUCUCUUCUUAACCAGUCCCACCUCUCCCAGCCUCUUCCUACUUGCCCUCCAAGCCUGUGGGGCCACUGCCCCAGUAAUCCUCUGAAAUAUUGCCCAGAAACGACCUGGCCUGGCACACUGCUAUAGCCUCAUCUCCAAUUAUGUCCCCUCCCUGUCCUCUCACCUUGCUUGGGCCCCAUCCUUCCCACUCUGGCUUCUUAAUCUCUCAUGCAUUCACUUCAUUCAUCCAAUAAUUACCGGGCUCUUUAAUAUUAAGUAUUGUUCCAGGUGCUGGCGUUCAGCAGGGAACAUGACAGAUAAAAGUCCUGGCCUUUCCAGAGCUUAAAGUUCUUGUGGGGAGAGACAGAUAA